UUGGGUGUCCAAAAUAGAAAAGAGAGUUACCUAACAGCCAAGCAAAAAUGCCCAAUAUUGCUUCAUGUCCACACACAUGUAACAAUGUACUUAAUCAAUGGUGGAAAUUUUCCUUCCACGUCCAAGAUUUUUGGCUGAGAAAGAGAAGAGCCUUCCUUUUUUCUUCUCCUUUCCCUUAUGGAAUAUGGUCACCUCAAGGUCCACCCUUCCUCUGACCUUGGGCAGCAGCAAUGGAAAAUCCACCACCUUACCAGCCAAAAUAUGUGAUGCUGAACAGUAAUAAUUCAACAAACCUAAGAGCUCCUCCCCAGAGGAGAAAUGUUCCUAGGUACCACUCAAGCGAUCCUGGUAAAUCCAAGGGAAGCUGUUGCCUAAAAUGUUUGUGUUGUUGCUUUAUCUUCUGGUUUCUGUUGAUCAUCCUUCUUGGUGGUGCUGUUUAUUAUCUUUACAUUGUGUUGCAGCCUGAAAUCCCUCGCUAUAAUGUUAAAGGUUUCGAGGUCAAUGCUUUCAAUAUUCAGCAUGAUUUUAGUCUCCAUACUGAACUUGCUGUUACUGUCAAAUCUGAGAAUCCAAACCAGCACAUAGGUUUCCUAUACGGAGAGGACAGCUCUGUUCUUGUAACAUAUAACGACUCUAUUCUUUGUGCUGGAAAACUUCCCACCUUUCUUCAACCUCAUGCAAAUACAACUAUUAUUCAAAUUCUUUUGAAAGGAAAUAGUGAAUUUGGUUCUUCUCUUCAAGAAGCUCUCAUGCAAAAUCGAGAAGCCGGAAAAAUCCCUCUACUUGUUGAGGUAAAAGCACCUGUUGCUCUGGUCAUUCAACAGUUCCCAACGAGACUAGUCACGGUUCUCGUCAACUGUUCUUUGGUGGUUGAUAGCUUGUCAGCUAAAAAGGAAGCCAAAAUUUUAUCAAGUACUUAUCACUAUGGAGUGGAACUUUAAAAUCCAAAUACUUAUCCCCCCUUUUCUUCUUCUUCUCCUUCUGCUUAAUAUUCUUGAUGAAGCAGAAAAGGGUAAUAUCACUUGGACCCAAUUGCUUCCCUCAGAAAUGAAAUCAAAAUCAUCAGAGGACUUGGCGAUUGGAUAUCAAGGAAGUUCAUCUUACAGACUAAUAUUUUCAUAUAUCUGCAAGUUUAGAUCAUAUAAUAUAGGCUCUCGUUGGAAUUGGAAUUCGUAUGUGUUGUUUCUGGAGAGGAUUUGUUGUCAUACAGAUGGCCACCUUAUUAUUGUUUGAACAAUAUAGAACUAGAAAUGAUCAAUCUUUUAUUCUUUUGCUUCUCUAUUAGUAUAGAUUCCAAUCACAAAGCAAGAAA